CAGCUGAGAAAUAACGUCGACAGUGAUUGUCUUCUGUCGAGCUCCAAAACGAAGUGCAAUACAGAUUGUAAGGACGCUGUUAUUGAGCUCAGGUGUAUGUUUGCUUCUGACUGGAAAUCAUGGAAAUUACAACAGCUUCAGCCAGCAUCAACACAUCAGUUACAUCAUCAACUAAUAUCUCUGAUGACCAACAAAGUUUAGUCAAUGACUACAACAUCAACAUCUUAUCAGUUGUGGCCAACCUUCUUCUCGGCAUCCUCGGGUUAAUGGGUAACGCCAUAGUCUGUCUGACCGUGAGCAAGACAAAGAUUUUUCAUGACAUCACCCACUACCUCAUCGUGAGUUUGGCCAUGUCUGAUUUCCUUUGCUGCGCCUUCUUUAUCAUUUCCAUACUGUGCGUGAUCGAAGGUCACCCAGUCCGAGUCCACAUCACACAAGGGUUCUUUGGGGAGAUUUUCUGCAGGUUGUUUUGGAGUCUCCAUCUCUUCUGGUCCUCUUUUUUUGCUUCGGCUUUCAACCUGGUAGUGGUGACCUUCGAGAGGUAUUUUGCCAUCGUUCACCCGAUGAGAUACGCCCGGUCCUUCACGGUGCGACGGGGCUUGAUGCUUGCUGGGGCAGCCUGGACUCUUGCAUAUCUCCUAGAGAUAGAGUUUCCGAUCAGGUACUACGUGAACAAGGAAGGCGAGUGUACCUAUCCGGGUCUUGGCCCAGCCUGGUUCGCCAAGUUGAUGUUUUUCAAGUCCUUUUCAGUCAGCUUUGUGGUUCCACUGAUAUUCUUAGUGUGGGCCUACUACAAAAUCAUCAAGACCCUUCGACAGGGAGCAGUAAACCCGGGCGUGAUGGGAGCUGAGAUGGGAGAGGCUAGCCGCCGAGUUGUCCAUAGUCUCCUAAUCAUUACCACGUUCUUUAUUCUGCUCUUGCUUCCGUCUGAGCUCGGAAACGUCUUGCUGUUCUUCGACGUACCCGUGGACGCACGCCUGGGCAUAUGGGAGAUCUUUAGAACCCUGACAGUCAUGAACUCGGUGGUAAAUCCGAUGAUUUACGCCAUCAAAUUGAAGAAGUUCAGAAGAGCAAUGAGGGCCACACUUUGUCCUUGUUUGAAGAAUCAGGUGGAGCUGGAAAACGAAACUCAACUGACUGUCGUUGGCAUGAACACCUUAGCAUCUACGGCUGGCCCUGAGAAUGAGUCAUUGAGCCAAGCACGUGCUCAAGGACGUUUUGUCACCUAGCUCACAAAAGUAUACCUUUAAUGUGAAACCCUUCACAUGGUGAGCUUUGUCAUUUUGGUGCAUAUCAACUUCAAAUUGAUCUGGACACUGUCCCGUUUUUCAAAGCUGUUUUAUUCGUGAUUCUGUAGACAACCUAGAAUCAUGUUGUAGGCAACCUAGAAUCAUAAACGUAAUCUAUGCACCCAAAUGUCAAAGGUCACCAUAUGAAUGGUUUUCGCUGAUCACUUUGGUGCACUGCAGUUCAAGCUCCAUUGAAAUAGUGUUAAAUGAACAGAGUUUGGGGCCCUAUUGCAGAUAACCGAAGUCUCUGAGGCCUCUUAAACAAAAAGCAAUGUGUUGUUUGGUCCUCCAGAUUUCAUUUGAUUUUCAAAUUUUAGUAGGUUAACCAAUUAAAGUUUUAUUUAUCCGCCCAAAACAAACUCACCCCCAAAUGUGAAUGUUCCAAAGUCUUCUGAGCUGCCAUUUUUCAAAUGACAUUCCUCUAUUCUGACAAUUUUUCAACGCAGGGGGGGGGGGCAGCCCUGACUGAUUUUUUUCUUUACAAACGGAACACUUCAUAGGUAAGAAAGUAAUCGGUAUAAUUAUUUAUCAGCACCAAGACCCAUAGAUAACAACACCAUGAAAUAAAAGCAAGGAUUUUUGGACUGCGAGUAAUUAAGGCUUUUUUUAUGUUUCCCAAAUGUUUUCGGCCCGGCGGAGAAUUGUCACCAACAGUUACUUUGACAAGUUGUUACGUUGGUCGGCCAAUCCGGUAAAGGUAGAAAUACCUCUAUUGAAGGAAAAUCUGCAUUUAGUAUGAAGGAUUAUCUGUAGCAUUGCCUCUGGGCGAGAUCUUUUGUUGUUCACUGAAUUAGUGUUAUUUUUGUUGAGAAAGUGAAAUAUAAGCGCACUCCUGUCGGUAGAACAAAUCUAUAUAUUUUGACUUAACCAUGUUAUGUAUUUAGUUACAGAGACGUAAAGAAUAAUGUAUUUUAUUCAUAUAUCCAUUCUGUAUUAUUUUUACGACAUCUCUUGAAUUGUGGUUUACAUAAAUGUAGAUAUCUCCAUUCGUUUUCCAGUUCAAGUUACGUUUGCACCAGGAUUCAGAAUAAUAUCCCUAUACAGUGAAGAAUGUCAAGGACAGAUCCCCCUAAAUACAGAUUAAAACAAAACGGAGAGGAAAUACGAAAAAAGCACACAAUGACACAAAAGCACGAUAAGCCAAGUAUUACAAUCAUCGGAAUGAGAAAAUACAAAUUUGGUGCAGUACACGUACAGUAGGAGCUCAAAUUAUUUGAUAAGAGAUUUUUUGACCCUUAAUUUAAAUAAUAAUGCCUUUAGGACAAUCAUGGUUUGAAAAGCGGUUGUUUAAUUGCAAACGAGUAAUGAAGGUCUCUACACUGUCGCGUAAAAUAGUGGAAAUAUAACUUUUUGAGUGAACUAUGAAUAUGUUUUUUCCUCGUGUAGUCCAGAUAGUUAAUUAAUUAAAUAAGUGUUUUAUUUCGAUGGUCAACUAGUUAGUUAAAGGAGGCAACAGACUAACACGCCAGGAUCAUCAAAAUCAGGCCAGCAAGAGUGCCAUCCAGCCUGACUGGAGGACAGCCAGUAAGGGUCCGUCUCUGCGUCAGUGCAGUGGGCUGUCGUGAAAUGAACGACUGAAUGAACCCUUGCUGUUUCCUGCAAUUCUAGAGCUUGCUAAACGUCCACGAGAUGGGCUCGACCUAUCAAGGACUAACGGGUUCCGAGAACAGAACUAAUAAUUAUAUGUCUGGCUAGACAAACUCGAAGUGGUAAAUUUGUUUAAUUUGUAACUAAUAAAAUUAACGUAUAUUAUAACAUUGACGGUUCUAAGUGAGUGAUACAUGUAUUUAAUUAACAAACAGUUAAGAUUCUAAGUAGACAUGUAGAUAUUGGAUUUUGCAGGAUUCAUGCUGAUUUUCUAAUUUACCCGAAGAUUCAUCAGUUAAAGUUAAUAUUUUUGACAGCUAGCCUAUUGUCAUGAAAAGGUCGUGUGCACUGAAAGUGUCAUUGACUGGAACCUUUAGCUUUACUUGGUCGGUUGUACCAGUCAGAUCUUGAUUUAAUUAUCCUUUUCUUGUCUUCCCUUAUGUUUUUGUCACGGUAAACAACACAAAUCUUGUCAUUAAAGUUGGGCUUAAAAUAAAGGAACACCUUAUUUGAUAUCCAGUCAUUUCCCCUUUCUGUCACUCAAGUUGAGUUGUGAGUAAACCCCGUAGUCUGCAGACAGCACAUUAAUCUUUGUAACAUCAGUGGGCAUCAUAAAAAGUCCAUGGUACAGCUGGCUUGCUAAAGCGAAGCAGUGCCAUGGAAACGAGAGGGAAAUCUUUAAGGUUCAGUCCCAUGCAUGAAGUGCAUAGUACUCACUUGAUUGUAAAUGGUGUUCGUGUACGUGACCACUAAUAUUUUAUACAGGUACUUUAGGAUUUAAUUAAGGGGUAUGGCGAGUAGCGUUGACAUUAUCAUUUUUAUUUGUUCAGCCUUAUUAAUAGACCUUUGAUUUGUUAUUAGUAAAAUAUGAUGUACUCACCUUGUGCACAUAAUUGUAGUUAUGUUUUCACUAAGUAUGGAUCUUGUGUUUCUUUUGUGAUGUUUACAUAUAAAUUGUGUUUUCGUCUACUAACGUGAGUCUCAAAGUUAGAAUUUAUAACAACACAAAUGUAAGAUUACUGGUGAAGGAAACGAAAUAUUUGGGAGGUAGAAUGGAGGGCAUAUCUCUCUGAUUUUUGUGUGUAAAAUAAAAUUGUAAUAGCUGUAAGCUUUAC